AACCUAAUUAAAUACACCUGUAGGAGUUCCUGAACCUAGUGAAGACUCGCAGACAGACAGUGACUGAUGCAGUGUCUUAACACAUGGAAUAUGCACAGACAAUGUCAAGAGAAUUCCCAAAUGUUACUUGAAGAUCUUACAUUCCUCAUUAGUUGACACAGUUAAAAUUAUAUACAUGACUGCAACAAUUUAUUGCACCCAAUAAAAGUGAUUAUUUUUGACAAUUAAUCUAUAAAAUCCCCAAUUAUUGUCAGAGAUUUAUUCAAUUACAGACAGCACUCUAAUGGCCUAGCCAAUGUUUUUCUUAUCAGGUCAUCCAGUUUUUGGAAGUCUUCUGUACUUUACUGCAUGAAUCCCUCAGUAAAAUUAAGUUUAUUCAUCAAUGGCUGGCACUGCUAUGCAGUCUAACCUGGACAAAAUUGGAGACUUCCUUCAAGAUGCUCAGUAUCAGUCGCUGAUGGUCAACAGUGCCAGUUAUAAUGUCCGGAUCAUGCGGGAACGGAAGGCAAGAAUGCCUUUCUUGGAUUCCCAAACGGGACUGGCACAGAGUCCUGUACGUCCCAUACUAGCGCGUCACCGCUUGUCCUGCUCACCCUACAUACCCGGCCAGCUGUACCGCUACCCUGCCUCUCCCUGGCGGAGACGACACCGCAGCUACCUUGCCCGCCAGCACCAGCAAUAUCUUCUGAAGAAAGCACAGCAGGAGGCUGAGGCCACCGAGCACGCCAUCAUGACCGCUGAGGCUCCCAGCGCUGCAGGCAAGCCUCAACCAAUAGCCGAGGAUCUUCUCGAGAAGGAGGCAGUUUACUACUACGAUGAAGCAGUCAGUUUCCUAGAAGAUGAUGACGAUGAUAUCGACAAUGACGAGGACGACUUUGAUGAUGAUACUUAUGGCAUCCGUUCAACUAAGAAGAAAAAGUCAACCAAACUUCCUAAGAAAAGCAAGCAGGCGGGCGUACGAGGCUGCGGUGGGAGCCGCAAGCGGCGGGACGGCGCCGCCGCUGCAGCGGGCGCGGCCACGGCGGCAUGGGACUUACGAGUGCCACGCUGCGGGGCGCGCUACAAGACGCGCCAGGGACUCUCCUACCAUCUCUCCCACACUCACAAAACUGAGCCUGCUGCCUCUCAUCUGCCUCCCGUCACGGGUGCGGAGAUGAACGGAGGCGGUGUCAUGGCGAUCACCCCGGUCUCCAACGUGGACCUCCUAAAGAUGCGGGACGCGGGCGACUCCCUCACCCCCUCCCUGGACGCUGACUCCUCUAGAUCCCUCGACCCUCUGGACCCUGAGACACCUUUCAGGGAGUUCUCGAGUGGUGCGGGUGCCAACAAAGCAGCUCGUAAGGAUCUCGUUAGCGCAGCGCCGGACGCUGUCCUGCCUCCUGCCAAGGCAGCGUCCUCGGAUCCUUCGCUUGCCACGCAGCAGUCGCACGCAAUGAAGGAUUUCGUUGCAACGCCCAACCCAUACUGCGACUUUUGCCUCGGGGACUCCCAGCACAACAAGAAGACGGGCGUCGCUGAGCUGAUGGUGUCGUGCUCGGAUUGUGGGCGCUCAGGGCAUCCCACGUGCCUGCAGUUCACCGCCAAGAUGAUGGAGGCCGUUAAGAACUAUCGCUGGCAGUGCAUUGAGUGCAAGUGCUGUACUCUUUGUGGUACUGCCGAGAACGACGACCAGCUGCUGUUCUGUGACGACUGUGACCGCGGCUAUCACCUGUACUGCGUUCGGCCGCCUCUCGCUGAGCCUCCUGAGGGCGAGUGGGCCUGUCAUCUCUGCCAGCCUCUCAGGGAUAACUGAUUUAUAUUUGUUAUCAGGGACAACUGAUUUAUAUUUCUUAUCGCCGUUUGCCUCUGUGUACCCUCUGAGAUUUAUUGUUUUUUUGGUGUUUCUAAUGAGAUUAGUCACAUCGUCACUGUUUCCAUCGAGAUUAAUAUCUUCGUCAGUGUUUACACUGUUAUUCGUCUGCUUUACAAACGCAUAAUAAAAAAUUCAGUUCAUUUUUAAAGCAUCGUCCGCCAAAGUUUUGCCCUUCUUCUGCCUCAAACAUAAACGAGUAGAUUUUUUUUCUAUUCUUGCAUCGUUCUUUGUUCGCCAAUUUAAGCAUAGUUUACUCGGCAUAUAAAAAGUUGUCCCUCGUUUGCGUCGAUAGAUUGUGAUAGAUUUUCAACAAUUUUUGCUCCUCGCUUUUCAUUCUCGACCAGCGAGAAAAAACAACGAAUGAUUUUCAAACCUUGCUCGCUCCUUUAAAUAUCGGAGUGAUUUCUUAACUCUUCAUGUCGUCUUCCGGGCUUCUGUUGCUGCCUUCAUCCUCCUGUUCCUAUAUCGUAGUUUUCGCUCUGCUUGCUUCUCAAUUUCUAGUUGAAUAAACAUAAAACUUCCUGCAUUUACCUACAAUUUUGCCUUUUUUUGUUACUUUAUUUCAUUUCUAACUUUGUCUCUUCCAUGCAAUAUUACGGCGAGAUUUACUGAUGCGGUCGCACGUAUAUUUAGUGUAGAUUUACGCCACGUUUCUAACAUGUCUUUGGGGAAAAACCUUUUUAAGCAUUGCUUUAUAUCUCUGAUGAAGUAACGGUGAAGCGGCACUAUUGAAGAAAUAUGGCGUCGAGUUCUUGACAGUGCGGGAUAAACCAUUACCGUUACUCUUAGCUGUCAUAGACGUUGCACGAAAUACUAUUCCACUUUUAUCUCUGUAGUAUUUAUUUGUUGUGUUCUUUUCUAUUAUGCGGUAAACCAGGUUAUUUCUGUCAAUCAGCAACGGUGGAUGUUGCUUUAAAUUGAGUUGUGAAUGUCUUAGUAAAGCUGCGCUAGGGGCCUCAGCGAGACAAGUUCCGUGCCAUAAUUACCACAUUAAUAAAGACUGGGAAAACAACUUGACUAUUCUUGUGCAUAGUAAGCUCUGGUUUUGUUGUUAUUUUGUAGAUAGAAAGUCGUUUUCUUCUUUGUUUUCCGGCGUCUCAUAGAGCGCGUUAUUUUGAGGUAAUUAUAGAGAUCUGUUGCGGUGCAUUCGAAGGAUGUUCUAAACUUCAAAUGAAGAGUGCAAUAAUAGACUGUUAAUAAUGUUCUUAUGUUUCAUUUUUAUGCAUAAUUUAUCUGAUGAUGCUGAUUA